GGAAUGCGGCGCUCAGGUGGAGGGAGAAUCACCGACUCAGAGCUCUGCGCCCCACAGCUCGCAGGACGCUCCGCGCUGCGCACCGCUGCUCUUCUUUGCGCACUUUGAGCGGACAGAUCAGCCGCAACCUGCUGCUGAUUUGACUUGGAAACUGAGUUUCAGUUUAUUUCUAAUUCGGACGGAUUUUCUCAUGACUAACAGCUGGAAAACUUAAAAGUCACUUCUUGCACCAGGACUGUCCUCAGGAAGAUGCGUUCAUGUUUUCCGCGCUCAGCUUUUCCCAGAAGGACCGAAGGGAUGUGAGGCGCUUUGGGAGCCGAGAGCGCAGCUGCUUGGAUGGAUCUUCCCUCCAGCUGAAGGAGAAUCAGCAGAAAUAAUAGAAACUAUUCCCUACAGGGUGUUUCUAAAGGCGGGCAGGACCGGGGCAGGACCGGAGCAGGACCGGAGCAGGACCGGGGCAGGACCGGAGCAGGACCGGAGCAGAACCGGAGCAGAACCGGGGCAGGACCGGAGCAGAACCGGGGCAGGACCGGAGCAGGACCGGAGCAGGACCGGAGCAGGACGCCCACAGCCAGCAGACCGGACAUGGGUUCCGUUUUUGGGUCUGGACACUCUGCAGCGGGGCCGCGCCGCGCGUCACAGCCGAGUCGUUUCACGUCAUGAUGCUCCAUCAGAACCGAACCCGUCCAUUCUAACCCAAAAGGAUCCAGCAUGACCCCAGCGCAGACCAGGAGGCUGACUCUGAACCGGGUCGUGACCUUUGUUUUGCUGCUGUUCUCUCCCGGCUCCCUCGCCUCCCUGCAGAGCGCCUCUUGGGGUUCAGAGUGGGGUCCAUCCAGUGACGCCUCGUCGGGGCGUCCACCGCGCGCCCGACGGCAGCUGCAUUUCAGGAACGAAUGGGCGGCGUGGAGCGGCUGGUCUGUUUGCUCCCGCAGCUGUGGGGGCGGAGCCUCAGUGCGAACUCGCACCUGCAUCACCAGGAACCCGGUGGGCGGACCGUGUGCUGGAGAUCCCAGACAGUACAAGAUCUGCAACAUCAAGGGGUGCCCUCCUGGCUCGGAGGACUUCAGAGACAUGCAGUGUGCUGCGUUCAAUGACCGGCCGUUGGUGUCCGGAAACUCCUUCAGAUGGACAACGUUUCACGGAGGCUCCAGCCCCUGUGAUCUCAGCUGCCUGGCGCUGGGACACAACUUCUACUACAACUUUGGUCACGUUCUGGACGGUACGGCCUGCGACCCGGAGGCCGGAGCUGUGUGUGUCAACGGACGCUGUCUGAAGCCCGGCUGCGACUCCAUCUUGGGUUCGACGCAGCGGGAAGAUGCCUGCAUGGUGUGUGGAGGGCACAACACCACCUGUCUGCUCCACAAGAGUGUGUACCAGAGCAGCGGGCUGGAGGCAGGCGGGCCGUUUGGAUACAACGAAGUGACGAUGAUCCCGGCUGGAGCCACUCACAUCCGAGUCACCGACAACAGCAGGAAUUAUCUGGCGCUGCAGAACGGUCGAUCCCAGUUUGUGAUCAACGGAAACUGGAAGAUCAGCGUUCCCGGUGAGUACAGCGUAGCUGGGACCAAGCUGCUGUACCGGCGCUCUGCAGACACCUGGGAGAGCUUUGAGGUGCCAGGACCGACCCAGGAAGACCUGCAUCUGAUGGUUCUGGCGACAGACAGAAACCCAGGAAUCGAGUACGAGUACUGGCUUCCACCGGACCGGUACGCCCUGCACCACGGCAGGAGGAGCCCUCUGCGACAGGCACACCACACAGCCAGCUACUUCCCCAGAGGCCAACCCACCACUCCAACCACGACCUCUGCCACGACCUCCAGAGCACCGCCCAACACCGCCCGGAAACCCCACUGGUUUUUAAAUGAUCUAAAUCCUCACCGUCACCCGGCUCCCGGCCGCCACCCGCAGCGUCUUCAGCAGCCAAUCAGCCGCCUGGAGCGCGAGGAAAGCCACAGAAACCUCCUUCCUCAGGCUCCACCCGGAAAGAAUUGUGGAAAAUGUCAGAGAGUUAAAGGACGAAGGGAACGCCAGAGACAGUAUUGCAAAAAGGACUUUGUGUUUCGUGGCAGAGUUCUGGGGAAGCUGUACCGGGGCGAGGAGACGCGCUACGACGUCCAGAUCAUCCACACGUACCGAAACCGCUUCCGGCUGGAGCACCGCGAGUUCCUGUGGGUCCCGAACCUGUGCGACUGCCCCGACCUGCAGCCGGGGAAGCAGUACGUCCUGAUGUUACGGCGCCACAUCAACUACGAGCGCACGCUGAACCGCAUCCUGCUGGAGGAGGACAGCUACGUGGUUCCGUACCGACCCAGAGAGGACGAGCUGCUGCGGCCGCUCCAGAGGCUCUGCAGCAACAGAGGGACGAAAAGUCCUGCAGAAAUAGACGAGGCGGUGUGAGGCUGUGAGCGCCAGGUGCAGACUGAUGAGUCAUAUUUCAUGUGUGAACUUUAAAACUGAAGACCUGUUGAGCAUCACUGGAGCAGGAAACGGGAACUUUUCAGGUUUUAGUCUGAAAUCUGCAGGGCUGGUCCAAAGCAAUGCGAGUUGAGGGCUGAUUGGGGCCCGCACACCACCAGGGGCUGCCAAGAGCACCAAGAUAGCAUCAUUAAAAAUAUAUAUAUUUAAAAUAAUACAAACUAAACUUUAUUACAUGUGGAAAAAAAAUUUUUUGGGUCAAUAUUGUCCUGUUUUCUGCUGCCUCUGUUGGGGAAAUAUAAAGUUCAGUUUGUCAACUUGUUUGCUGUAAAUUUAGUGUUUGUCAGCUGGAGUUUCUUUUAAAUAGUUAAAAUUUAAGACACACCUAAAUACACUGCAAAAACAAAAAAAUCUUACCAAGUAUUUUUGAUUUAGUUUCUUGUGCAAAUAUCUUAGAACACUUGAAAUGAAGCAAAAUUAACUUUUCGGCAACAUAUCGGAGAUUGUUUUAAGUCAAUAAUGCCUUAAUAUCGAUGAAAAACUACUUGUUCCAUUGGCUGAUUGUGUCAUUUGUAAAAUGGGAAAAAAGUAAAAUAAUCUGCCAGUGGUACUCAAACUUUUUCAUCAAUAUUUAAGAAUUAUUCACUUGCUGAAAAGUUAGUUUUGUUUUAUUCCAAGUGUACUAAGAUAUUUGCACAGAAACUAAACAAAAAUUACUUGAUAAGAUUUUGUGUUUUGCAGUGUACAACUAUGCAUUUCAAAGUCCAUGUAAUUUUUUAGUUUGCUCCUCCUGUAAGGUUCAAAUCAACAACCAUAGUGACACUGGUAUGAUUUAAGCUAAUUACAAAUGAUGCUAAUGUUAGCAGCACAGGAGUAAAGAAUCAUCUGAUGCUGACAUGUUAGGUACGGGAACUUCCCAAAAGAAAAAUCUGUUUAGGACCCUGAAAAGUCUUGGACUGGCCCUGGAAAUCUGACACAUUCUGAAUGCAGAGAACGAACGCCAUGGUUAUUUAAGAGACUAUUUAAAGCACUUUAGGUGGGUGCGACGCCACGCCCACCUUAAACAAAAACCAAAGAGCAGGACGGUUGUGACUGAAAACAACCUUUUUCUCACCAGUGUUUUUCCACAGCAACCUCUUAGUUUCCGUUCUGUACAGUAUUUGUCUCGUUAUCCACUUUUAGAUUCAGCUGCAGUUAAUUUCACUGAGUUUCCUUCCUGUGACACAUUACAGAUGUUUUUCUUUCUCACUUUUUUUGCAGCAAAUAUUUGUAGAAUAAGGAUAAGUCUGGACGUUUUAGACAGUUUUUACAAUUCAGCAUUUUUUGGCUAAUUCAAACCAAACAACAGAUUUAAGAUUUAUGGAAAAGGUUUCUGCUGACAUUCAUGAGGCUGAAGAUACUUUAAUAUGGCAGAAAUGCACUUUGUUCCACUCUGAUGGAUGUUAGUUUGCAAACUGAUCUCACUUUUAAAAAGGCUAACGAGACCCAGAUGACGUCCACUCGUCCUCUUCGGGCUUCUAUUGAUGUAUUUGUGGAAUGAUUAUAAAGAAUUGAGCUGCCAUUACUUUAAAAAAAAAAGAACUUGUGCAGAAAUUAGAUUUUAUUGCAGUUUUUUUGUAAUCCCACACAGGCUCAGCUGCGCCUUGUCCUGGCUGGUGCCAGCGGUUAUAAAAUGUCUUUUAAUUUGACGAGGUGAGACGUUUUAACUUCAGGUUAACAAUCACAAUUGAGUGUACUUGAUUUUUAUUUUCUUUGCAGCAUAAAACUGAUGGAAAAGUUCAAUUCAAACAGUUAAGCUGCUGGGGGGGGAAAAAAAAAACAAGCAUCCAAGAAGAUGCAAAACACCAAAAAAUCCAGAUUGAAAUCUGCAGCUGCAUAAAUGGAGAAACUAAAUAUCUUUAUUUCACUUAGAACAAAAUAUUUCCCCCACAUUUUAAGUGAAAUAAUCUACCAGUUAAUCAAUUUUAAGGAAUUAUUGACAGAAAAAUUCUUGUUGUAAACAUUCAACGUUCAUGAUGAUGUCAGAUAUGGACUGUUAAUAACCUCUCAUUAUAACUGAGUUUUCUCUUUAAGAAUCAGGAAAGUGACCUGGGAGUUUCUCAAGAAAAUAACUUUCAUUGCACCUUAUUAAGGUUCUUUAUGAAAGCAAACAGAUUCAUUUAUUGCAUCUUUUACCAAAGAUUUCACUAAUUCUCAACUCGACUUCCUUUUUCCAACAGAUUUCAUCUCAAACAUUCCUCAUUGAGAGAAUGAUUGUCUAAAAGACUGAAUCCAUUAAUCCUGAUUUUUACAGUCUAGCCAGAGGAACCUGCAGUUAAAACUUUUUCUCAUUGUGGCCUUAAGAGUUUCCAUCAUUGCUUCACUUUUUUUACAUGUUCAAGAAAGGCGACAAAACAGGAAACAACCAUUUAGUGAAAUGUGAGCGUGGCUUGUUGUGGCUGCAGCAGUGUUGGCUGCAGCAGUGCGGCGCUGGCUGCAGCAGCGCGGUGCGACUCAUUCUGGAACAGUUCUGUUAAAAACAAAAAGUGUAUUAUUGAAGAGAUUUACCACAAAUUAAAAUUUGUUUAUGUUUUUCUGGUACACAGUGUAUUUUUGUAUGAAUCUGAACACAUUAUUUCUACGUCACUUAUGUAACGGUGUUCAUACUGUAUUUUGCUUAUUUGUGAUAUUAUUUUAUGCAGUAAUAUUUUCUGUGUUGCAUUGAAUAAGUUGAGCUAUGUGAUGUUUUACAUGAGAUAUAUAUUUAAUUAUACAGUAUUUUUAAUGUGUGGCACUGAUUAGCUGCAGUUUUAAUCAGAUAAUUAAUUAAUUAUCUUAAAUUGGGGUGUAACGUUGGGCCUUGUUUUAUAGAUCUGUAGCGACUUAAAACAGUGCUAAGUGUUUCUUUCUCUGCAUUACUAUGUUACUGAAAUAGCAAAAACAAAUAUUGAGUGCCAAUGUAAAUAGUCUUUCAGAAAAUCCAACAUGUGUUAAUGUUCUUGUGUUGUAAAUUUGAGAUUUUGGACCUGCAGCAUAACUCCCACCAGCAAAUCAGAAACAACAAUCAUAAGAAAACAUUUUAUUUACAAAAAUGCUUUGCAUCUACAACAAAUAAAAGACUAAAAUCAACCUGUAUGAUUCCUGCUCAUCAGCAGUAAAAUAAAAAAGUCAUUGCAGACAUUCGGUUCAGUUUCCUUUCAGGAACGGAGAAAUGACGGAAACCAGUUGACUGUAACUUCUGUGUGAACGUUUCUAUGAAGAAGCUGUUUCUGCUUUGUUAAUAAGACAAAUUCAGGAGGCAAAACAACAAAAGUGUAAUCUACCUCUGGAGCUCAUUUUUAUUUCUUAAAAAACUGUUUUUCAAUUCAUUCUGUUCAUAAAGUUUUUCAUUUACAGUUGUAAAAAUAUAUGUAAACACGAAGUUUUCCCGUCUGUAUAAUGAAUAAAACUGAAAUAUACACUAUAACGCAAUAUUAACGCAAACAUGA